AUGAUCAUGUUGUACGAGAAUGUCCUUUACCCCAUCAAUGGGGUGGACAAUUGGCCCAAGACUACUUCUGAUGGUGCGGUGGAACUGGCGCCUCCGAGGUCAAAGCGACAGCGUGGUAGGCCGAAGAAACUGAGACAUGAGGAGCCCCAGAUUCGUCUUCAUGCAGACAGAGGUUCAUCCUUGCAAAAGUACAAUUUCGUGUGUCACCUUCCAUCUUCUUUGCCCUUUAAAUACCACUAUCCUCCACCUCAAUUUACUUACCCUCAAACAAUCACAUUCCAACAACCUCUCUCUCUAUACCAACAUCAAAAAUCAAAAUCCAUCUAUACAAAUAUUGAGCAAAAUAGAGCCAAAAAAAUAUGGAAAAUAAUGCGAGUGGUAUAUUUGAUGCUGAGAAAAGGCAUUACAAAGGGCAAACUAUUAGCCCAUCUUAACAUGAUGAUGAAGCGCGGCAAAAUCGCCAGCCAAGCCGCCAUACACAAUCUCAUGUUCCACCCCCACCACCACAGAUUCCGCCUCCCCUUCCACCUCACCAAUCGCAGGAGCUCUCACGCGGUGUUUGACAGAGACACGAUGGCUGCCUCCGUCGAGAGUUUCAGCAGCGCGGUGGCGUCGCCUGCGCUGCCCGGGUUCGGGCCGAGCCCGUUGGUGAGGCAGCUGCGGAUCACCGAUUCUCCGUUCCCGUUGACGGAUGCUGAAGCUGAAGAAGACAAUAAUGUUGAUGAAGCUGCUGAGGAAUUUAUAACUAAGUUUUAUGACGAUUUGAAGCGACAGAAUUCCAACAUGUUUUUGGAGUACUAUUGAGUUUCGAUUCCAAUUCCGAUUUCGAUUCGAGAUGGGAUCUGUUUUUCAAGAAUUUGGAGAAGACUGUGUUUUUGGUAGUAAUAGGAAAUUAGGAAUGCUUGUUAUGUUGUAGUCUUGUAGAUAAAUAAUUUCUAUGGAGAUGUAUAUAUGAUUAUUAAUAAUAUGUUAUUGCUUAACAAAAUUGUUACACGUUUAAUAAUCGGUGGAAAAAAUUUACUUGUGCAGUAAAUUUUAGAAAUAAAUUAUAUUUUUCAGUCAAUUAUUCGAAUCAAGUAGUUCUAUAAAAUAAUAGAAAUUGAAUUUUAA